AUGGGCAAAAUUGAGGACUUGCGGCGGAAGGUUGCCGAAACUACCCUCGAACUUCAGACUCUGAAGCAGGAACUUGAGCUAGCCGAGAGAGAAGCGCAGGAGGAAGCCCAGAAUGCCCCGACGCAACCAUGGAAGUGGCCCCUGCAACCCGCAGACUACGAGAGAUAUGGGCGGCAGUUGAUCAUCCCCAACGUCGGAGUGAUAGGUCAACUGAGGUUGAAGGAGUCCAAGGUCCUCAUCAUUGGCGCUGGGGGACUGGGAUGCCCCGCGGCCGCUUACAUCGCCGGGGCAGGGACCGGCACCGUUGGACUUGUCGACGGAGACGUGGUCGAGAUUUCCAACCUCCACCGCCAGGUCGCACACUCGACUGACAGAGUCGGCGUACCCAAGGUUGAGAGCGCCAUCGCAUACUUGAAGGGUCUGAACCCGCUCGUAACAUACCAUGCGCACAAGGAGCAUCUGACGCCUUUGAACGCUGAGGAGAUCGUCUCGCAGUACGACAUCGUCCUCGACUGUACUGACCAUCCGACGUCCCGCUAUCUCAUCUCAGAUAUAUGUGUUCUCCUGCAAAAACCCCUCGUCUCGGCUUCCGCCUUCCGAACGGAUGGCCAGCUCAUCAUCCUGAACUCGCCCGCCGCGCCGCAAGGAAGCCUGGAGGGCGGGCCGUGCUAUCGCUGCGUAUUCCCCAAGCCGCCCCCGCCUGACAGCGUCGUUAGCUGUGGCGAAGGAGGCAUCCUCGGCCCCGUCGUCGGCGUCAUGGGCGUGCUACAGGCCCUUGAGGCCAUCAAGCUCGUCGCUUCGGGGGCUGUCGAUCCCAAGGUCCAGGAAAAAGAGGCUGCUGCUCCGUCCCUCCUCAUUUUCUCGGGAGCAGUUCAGUCAGGGCCCUUCAGGUCCGUCCGGAUGCGCGGUCGAAGGAAGGAUUGCUUCGCAUGUUCUGCCGCUUCGACGCUGUCGCUAGAGACGCUGCGAUCAGGCUCACUCGAUUACGCUUCUUUCUGCGGCAUCAGCGGACCAGUGAGUAUUUUAAGGCCCGAAGACCGGAUUUCAGCAGCCCAGUAUGAGCGCACGGCCAAAGAAAGCGGCAAAUCCCACAUUCUGCUCGACGUGAGAGAACGUGAGAACUUUGAUAUCUGCAGCAUUGACGGCGCCGUCAAUAUUCCCAUCGCAAAGUUUAUGAAGGAGACACAGCCACCGAGUGACGGCACUCAGCCCCGACCGGAGUGGCUGCCCGCUGACUUUCCAGACGAUGCGCCCAUCUACCUCGUCUGCAGAGUUGGCAACGACUCACAGCUUGCAACGAAGCGCCUUAAGGACUUGGGGCUGGACAACAACGGCAGGAGGUUCAUUGGCGACAUCGAGGGCGGAAUGAAAGCUUGGAAAGACCAAGUCGACCCUACAGUGCCAUUCAUAUAG